AUGUCUAUACCAAGAGGGCCUUCCACGCCGAUCAUUCCCUCGUCCAAGGGAGUGCCACAAAUCCCCCGAACGCCCUCGUCGACGCUUCCACACCCCACUGCGGCGCAAUCCCCUGCCAGUGCUUCGUCUUCCACCUUCCCUAGCGCCCUCAAUCCCAAUGCCCAGCUUACCAACUCGGCUCCCGACUAUCCGCCACAGAUGACUGCUCCCACGACGUCGUCAUCGUCUAUCCGAAAGCCUGGAUCUAUCUACGAGCGAAACAUCAACCGCCGAACCCCCGAGGUGUCGCUCAACGCCUUUGCAUUCCUAUUCUCUGAACUCGUCCAGUAUCUACUGCGACAGCGAAAAGAGGCUGGAGCCAACGCCGGGUCGCUUCCUGAUCUCGAAACACGUCUAAACACUCUUGGAUACCAUGUGGGACAAAGAGCACUGGAGCUGGUGACUAUUAGAGAAGCCACAGCAGGCGCAUCAGCAAAGGGCGCAGCAGGAGGAAGACGAGAAAACAAGAUCCUGGGAAUUCUCGAGUUUGUGCAUACCCACGUGUGGAAGAUGGUAUUUGGCCGUGCAGCUGACGGCCUGGAGAAGUCGCGAGAUGAAGAGAACGAGUACAUGAUUAUCGACAAUGAGCCCGUGGUCAGCAAAUACGUUUCUGUGCCACGAGAAAACUCGCAACUCAGUGUGGCUGCUUACGCCGCAGGUAUCAUUGAGGCCGUGCUCAACGGAGCCAAGUUCCCUGCCAAGGUAAGUGCUCACACAGUUGAGGACGAAGAUCAUCCGCUGCGAACGGUCUUCCUCAUCAAGUUUGACCAGGCGGUCAUUGAGAGGGACCAGAAAAUCGCUGCAUAG